AAUUUAUACGAUGCAAGACCGACUUAUUCCCGCCCUCUUUACAAGAUCAUUUUUACCUUGUAAUUGAUACUCUUGAAUGUUAAUCGGCAGAAGCAUUUGAAGGAAAUAUAGGAUGUGCGGGAGAGCUCGGUGUACGCUAAGGGUGGAGGAUGUUCCCAAAGCAUGUGGCUUUCAACACUCCCUCCCCACUAUGAAUGCUGAACUAUAUCGUCCAUCAUACAAUGUUUCACCUGGAUCAUACAUGCCAGUGGUUUGCAAACAAAAUACAGCAACUGGGAAAGAGCCAGUUGUACGUUGCAUGAAAUGGGGUCUUGUUCCUAGUUUCACUAAGAAGAACGAGAAACCUGAUCACUUUCGCAUGUUUAAUGCUCGAUCAGAAUCAGUCCAUGAAAAGACAUCUUUUCGUCGGCUUAUUCCUAGUUGCCGCUGCCUGGUGACAGUUGAGGGGUUCUAUGAGUGGAAAAAGGAUGGAGCAAAGAAGCAACCUUUUUAUAUAUAUUUUCAAGAUGAGCGCCCUCUUGUUUUUGCUGCACUCUAUGAUACGUGGGAUGAUUUGGAAGGAGGAGUGCUUUUCACAUUCACUAUUUUGACUACACGUUGCUCAAAGGCAUUGAAGUGGCUUCAUGAUAGACUGCCUGUAAUUUUGGGAAGCAAGGAUACAAUUGAUGCUUGGUUGAAUGACCUCUCUUCGUUAACAUUUGACAUGGUUACUCAACCAUAUGAAGCAUCUGAUCUGGUGUGGUAUCCGGUGACUCCUGCAAUGGGUAGAAUCCAAUUUGAUGGGCCAGAAUGCGUUAAAGAGCUUGUCUUGAAACCUGAAAAAAAAAAUUCAAUCGCAGAGCUAUUUUUAAGACACAGUACUCCUGCAAAAUUGUCUGCUGGUGAAAUCUGUAAUGCCGAGGCUGUUGAAGACCAAUCAGAUAUUUCUGCAGAUGAUUUAAGCAUUGAAGAACAGAAAGCUUUGCUUGCUGCGAUUGAACCAGACAAAGAACCAAACAAGGAAGUGCUGCCUUCAAUAAAAGAAGAGCACCUCUUGGAACAGUGUGGUGCAAAAAGGCUCUUUGAUAAGACAGAUAAUGAUAACCAGCUUGUUUCUCAAGAGUAUCAAUCUGGGAAACACAGAUCAUCCCUAGAUCCCUUGGAGGAGCAUAGUUCUCCCUUCACUGAAGUGCAAAAGAAAAAGAGCAAAAGCAAUGUGACAAAAGAUGGACAACAAACUAUACUUUCUUUUUUUGGAAGAAACUAGAUCCCAGGUUUUUGUAUUGACAACCUUGUAAAAUGUAUGCAUGUGUAGCCUUAACUUUGUUAGAGGUUCAGGAAUUCUGAAAAAAGCAGAGAUAAGACUAGCAAAAUUCUCUUUUGGCUGACCUGAUCAGUACACUAACCACUGUUUUAUAAGGAGAAGAUAGCACAGUUAUUCUCACUCGAAAAGAAAGUUCUGUUAUCUGAUCUAAGGUCUGUUUCCAUCCAACUCAAAUUUGGGGUGUUACAUUAGUCUUCUUGGGUAUAGAUGCGCAUGAUAUUCCAUCAUUUUUUGUAUAAAUUCUGCAUAUCUUAGAAUGGUUAUGCACUCUGGCAUAUCUAAAAUUGAGCAUUGCCCGGAAAAUUAGUUGAUGGAAUAAGUGUAUUUUUUCAUUUUAUACAGAUAUCAUGAUAAUGCUGGCAAAUAUGGAAUUUCCACAUAGUAUAUUUGGGAUUGGUUGUGUUCUGCGUUUUCAGAUAGACCUGAUUAGCAUUGUGUGACAUGCCUCAGAGUUAACAGGCUUCAGCUUAGUUGUCCCUUUUAGCUGCCAUGCUCAUUAUAAUAUGGCCUUGGACUAACAAGAAUUCAUUGGAGCCUGCCAAUUCUAAUAUCGAGCAUACGAGGAUGUGAUGUUUUGUCAAGGAAUGUAAUCCUAGGAUUUAUUUUCUUUAAA